GGCUGGUCUCAUGCAAAACCCCAUGAUGAGACAAAUGGCACAGAACCUUAUGAGCAACCCGGAGGCGCUGGGCAAUCUCAUGUCAAACCCUAGAAUAGCAGAGAUGGCUCAGUCGAUGGGACGGGGAGGAGGUGGAGGCGCUGGAGCUAGCGGUGCUGGCGGCGGCGGCGGUAUGCCAAACAUGGCAGAGCUGAUGAACGAUCCCAGCUUGGCUGAGAUGGCACGAAGCUUCAUGGGUGGAGGCGCUGGCGGAGGUGCUGGUCGAGGAGCAGGUCGAGGAGCCCCACAGUAAGGGUUCGUUAUGGAGACGGUCUGGCUGGGUAUGAAUGCAUAAUUAGAUAGCAUUCGUAUAUUGGCUAGGAGGUUCACGGCUGGCUUAUAAUGAUACCAUGUUUACUUCCAAUGUAAAUUCUCCC